AUGUGGAUCAUUUCAUUCUGGAUCUUUCCGGUCAUAUCGGCCUUCAUGUGGAUAGCAAUGCUACUGGCAAUGCUGGGGAAUUGGGCGGUACGGGGCACACCGGUAUAUUCUAGUAUGGAAGAGGGACAGACAAUUGCGUACAUCUCCGACAUUGGCGCACAAGGCCUCAAACCUUUGUUCAUCACUGGAAGUGUAAUAACGGUUGUAUUCCUGGAUCUCUCCUUUAUAUCUGAACGGUGGCUGCGACAUGCCGGCCAGUUGGUGCCGAACAAAGGCAAGUUUGACAAGGCCUGUGCCAUUCUUUCUAUAUUCUUCUCGAUUGCGGGCGCCUUGGGGCUCAUUCUCUUGUCGAUUUUCGAUACGUUGCGCCACCCGCACAUGCAUAGUGGGUUCCUGGUCAUGUUCUUGGCUGGUUACAUCAUAAGCGCGAUUCUGAUUUGCGCCGAGUACCUCCGUCUGGGCGUUUUCUACCGCUCUCAGCAUCGGGUCCUAUUCGCCAGCUUUGUAAUUAAACUCAUGUUCAUUAUUAUUGAGAUCGCCCUCGCUAUUGCCUUUGGCGUCCUGGGCAAUAAAGGUCCUAGCAAGAGAAACGCGGCGGCUGUUUUGGAAUGGGUAAUCGCCCUCAUCUUUACAUUCUACGUUCUUUCAUUCGUUGUCGACCUAUUACCAUCUGUGCGCACCCGCCGCCACGUUCCACAAGGCGAGAAGCGGGUCGUGAGGUCCGAGAUGGAGAAUGGCAUGGGUCAGCCUAACGCCACGAUUGAAGAGCCAUUAACGACUGACUCGGCCGGGCCUAAUAUGGAUUAUAGCUACUACCGUGGGCAGCGCAUGUGA